ACAGAACAAUCCAAUAUUAAUACAAGCGCCAAAACAAUAUCAUCUUUGCCUUGGAAUUUCAUUCAAAAUCUCUGGUACAAGAAGGCUAGGACAGAUGAAGCCAGCUAUUCUCCACCAUUAAUUACUCACCAUGAUAUUAUUGAUGAUGUUGACUUUAUUGAGGACCAGCUGAACUUUGUGAUAGACAAAGUGACAUUUGAAAAAGGUGAUUGGAAUGCACCAAAAGCAUUGAAUGUUGCAGGUGCGGCUAGUGUAGAGAUGUGCAGUGAAGGAAACAUGAUGACAGAGGGAGGAAGUGAAAAACGAAAUAGGAG